UAAAACGGAAAAGAUCCGUUAGUACCAAGAGAUGGGUCGAACGAACAAGAUGAUGAUAACUAUGUUCCAUUACGGAGCGAUCACUGUGUUAUUGUUGGCGUUGGUAGUUACCUUAACGAAAGCAGAUGAUCUGUUUGGAUACAACGAAGAGCCAGAAAACAUUCCUGGACGACAGAACGCGAGGAAUCGAACCCCAGUUUACAUUCCGGGGAAAUGCGGCCAUAAUGAAAUCUUGUACCCCGGUGAUCAGGCGACCGAUUGGGUGUGCGAUUGUCGUCCCGCACACGUCUACCAUCCUGGAUCGGCUGGAUGUUUUCCUUUGUACACCCGAGCGUACUGCAAUGAAGAUGAAUACGUAGAAAUCAAGCCGGGGUCCAAACUGCCUCAAUGCACGAAGAACACAUGUAAGGACAAGCUAAUUCCAUUCAAUGGAACUUGCGUUAAACUACACAACAACAAUGAAGGAGUCUGUCCGAUGGUAAAUCGUAUCAAGUAUGUGGUCGGAGUGAAUGAAGAAACGCUUCAGUUAGAAUGCAUCUCGACGGCGCCGGUCAAUUUGGCGAAUCGGCUUAUAGGAAAUCGUUACAACAGCCAGGAUCCGAAUAUCAUAGUGAAGGAAGAUGGAAGUGUGGAAUUUAUGCAUGCCAUGCGAUGUGCUCCCGGAUCUGCGGCUGAAUACAAUGGAACCUGUACAGAUAAAUUGGCUGCACCGAUACCAACGCAAAUUAAGGCACGAAGGCGGAAGUUCAAUACCCAAUCCUCAGUGGACUCAGUGGACGAUCAGUGAUGACUUGUACUUUAAAUAGAUCCCGGCAUUGUAUUUUUUAUAUGGUGAAUUAAAUGCCUCGAUUGAA